AGGCAGAAAGUUUACAGCCGCCCUUUAAGAAUGAAGAGCCAUAUUCUCUUGAUUAUAGCGUUAUGUAUACUGGAAAGUAGUAAGAAUGUAAUUUGUGGUAAAAUUCCUGAUGGAACUGACUCUGUUCAUGGAGAAUGGAGUCAAUGGACCAACUGGAAUAAAUGCUCUGCUCCUUGCGGUAACGGCGUUGAAGGAAGGGUACGAAAUUGCAGCAGUCCACCUCAAGCGAAUGGGGGAAAGGAUUGCGUGGGAAAGUCUCUGGAAGAAAGACCCUGCAAUAAUGGACCUUGCGCAGAGCCAGCCUUUAUGGUUUCGCUAAAAAGUACAAUGAACGUUUAUCCAGGAGUAAUGAAUUGGACAUCGGUUGAUUUGAAUGUAAACGAAAUGUUCGACCCCAAAACAAAUCGAGUUUCCAUUAAGAAACCAGGAUUGUAUUUCUUCUCUAUGAUAACAACCAGUCCUGCAAAAAAGUCAAUUGACGUAAUGCUAGAAAAUACAGGUAAAAACGUUGGACUAUAUCGGCGAGGUGAUUUGAGAUCGGAAGGAGCGGAAACGUUAUCGAGAUCUGGACUUUUCGUUCUGAGCCAACUAUAUAAGCCGGUAAUGAAACAAAUGACUUCAUCGAUGCUGUACAGUUCGGAGAAUGGAAGAGAAACGUCUUGGCUUGGUUUCCACUAUGUAUCGGAUGAAUAUCUAUUUUGCGGAAGUCACAGAAAUCUACAGUACGGAACAGUCCAAUGGCCCUUUGUUUCAGCAAUGAAAGGAUUUCAAGAAAAUAGUGUAUUGUCACAAUUUAAAGCGUCAAAAAGUGGCUUAUAUUUCUUGAAUGCGGGAAUGAGACUGGGCUAUACCACCGCAAACACUCAAUACAAGGCGGGUAUAUCAAUCAAUGUGGAUAGAAAUUACAACGUUUUUCAAACACCACUCGAGUUGAAAGGAGCAAUUACAUCACGUGGUUUAAGCGAUACGUUUUCCAGAAGUGUUCUCACUCGAUUGACAGCUGGCGAUGUAUUGAGAGCAGAAGCGCAUAGACCUUUUAGUACUAUCAGUCCAAUCCUAUCAGGACGACGAAUAGAAAGUUAUAUGGCUGCAUUUAGAUUGAAUGAAAAUCUACCAUACUUUCAAGCAGUAUCAACGGACAGCACAUGUAGAGAGUUUAGGCGUAUCAAUUUGAAAUCGGCUAUCUACGAUUCACAGAGAUCAUGGAAUUCGAAAUUACACGAGUACAACAUCAAAAAGCAGGGAAUCUAUUACAUUGAAUUUACACUAUCGAAAUAUCGUACUUCUAAGGUAGAUGUAAGAAUGUUCUUGAACAAACAAAUGGUUGCAGUUUCAGCCAAACAAAGUAUGAUUGACGAAAACAAACAUUUCACAAGAUCUACUCUAUUGAAUUUGAAAGUGAAUGAUAAAAUUCAUUGGGAAAAUUAUGGCUGCGUUGACAGCGAUGCUUCCGUUACAAUCAUCUGUACAAGUGCAGUAUCUCAAAAUUAGUCCAUACUUGACAUUUUCCUCUUUGUUGAUUUCCAAUACAAAAACAAUGAUGAUGACAAUAGAAGAUUAAGUGUUUCUAUAUAGAUUUUGUGACUACUAAUAAUAGAAUAGCUAUAUUGAAGAGUUGACAAAGUGCAAUAGUCACAUUUCAAUAUUGAAAUUAUAGUUUUUAUUGAAAGGAAGAGAGAGAGAGAGAGAGAAUAAUUAUGAAAUCACUGAAAGCUAAAUAGCUUAUGCCAUUUCUGCCUUCUUCUUUCUUCCUCUCUCUACUUUCAACUUAUCAAAAAAAAUAUGUAUCUAUCUUUUUGAGUAGAUAUAAAGUUGAAAUUAUCAACAAUUAUCUUUCUAAAACUACUCCACAAGUCAGUGACCUACCUUGUUGGUCAUGUGACGAACAGCAAGUUAACCUUAAGCUCUUUUUUAGCUAGCAUUCGUAGGCGUUCUCUCACAGUUCUUAUCAGUGAUUCGACCUUUUUGAAAAAUGGUAUAGUAAUGUUGGGACUGAGUCUCAGUGUCUUCCAAAUAACCACCAAUGAAGGGCAAAAACUGUUGCUAGGAAACGGGAGGUUACGCAAUUAAAAGAGAAAAAGUUGGGAGCAAAGGGUGGUGAGUGAAAAGUACAUAAUGCUAUGAAUGAUAAGAUCAACUAAUCAGCUGAAGUAACAGCAAAGUCCUAUCUGCUAGAGUAACAGAAUUAGAUCUUGAAGAUGAAAAUAUGAGUAGGUGUCUUGAGAAGUUACUUCAAAAGUGUCAUCAAAUUGAUAGUAUCUGCUUAAAGGAUAGUUCUAAUAUGGGAGAGAUGGUUUAAUAGAAAUUCUUAAAGGACUUGAAAAAUUAUAUCAAACUUUACAAGUUCUAGAUUUGGAGAAUUGUUCACUGAGCGAUAAUAUCAAUAAUCACUUAAUAAAUUAUUAGAUAAAUGCUGAAAAAUGGAGAAAAUAUUUCUAGGUGGAAAUCAAAAUAUCCAACUUGUUCAAGUAUUCAAAUUGCUUGAAAAAUCUAAAGAAUAUUUAAAAACACUUGGAUUUGACAAUUGUAAAAUGAAUAAAUGUACACAAUGCUCACUUUCCAUGAAAA